AUGAGUUUGCAACCUGACCGCAGCAAUCUUCGCUUGACAAGGCUAGACAAUCCCAAAGAGAUCAAGAGAGAACACUCACAGCCGAGAGAGCCCACUAAUUAUCCUGCAAUUGUCGAGAGUUUACUGAAGAAACCUCUUGGCCAAGAUUUUAACAAAAUUCUCCAACCAGCUCUCGAAUGGUUAAGAGCAACCACUCAAAAUGAAAAAUAAAGGACUCAAAAUUAUAAAUUUGGUGGUGCAAAAUAAAGGGUCGAAAACCUUUAAGCCUUUGGAAAAGAAGCCAGAAGUCAAAGAAUUAUUAGAUCUGAGGAAAUUUAACUUUAAAGAUGCAAUGAAAGAGUAUCAAAAGCUCAAAUAUAAAUCAAGCUACGGAUCCUUCUAUGGUAGGAAACCUGCCUUAGAAGAUCUUACUGACAUAACUAUACUAAAUUCUCAACAGUUUUCUCAGCUUCCCUGUACCAAAAUAUUAACAAAAAGUGCCAGAAUUGCUUUGGAUUUGUGGCAAAAAAUUGAACCUGAAGCAAUUUAUAAAGGCCUUGCCCUGAGCACUCUCAGAUCACUCAACACGUAUAUUCUAAAAUCAGAACCAACCAUUUCUUCUUCAAGAAUCUUCCACAGAAGAUUCAAGCCUGCUGAGCUCAACAAGGUUGAAAGGUACGACAAGCUCAUUGAAAAGAUUUCAAUGAGUGUAAAGAAAAAGUUUCAGAUAGAAAGGAAAGCUAAUAAAGGAUGCAAAAGAAUCACUGUCCCUCGCCAGGGCAAUCAUUGUCCAGCAAAAGCAGUUGAUCUAGACAUUUUUGGCAGGACUUUCUCGAGGAAACGAUACCUAAGGUCCUUAAGAGGUAGUAUUAGCACGCUUAAUAAUGGACAGCCGAUGGUGUUUAACAACUCGAUGACAACUAUUAUUAACUCUGCUUCUAAGCAGUCGAGCUUAGCUAGAUCUCAGAAUUAUGGCUCUCUCUUCAAGAUCUCUGUGGGAGGAGGAGCUUGUAUUCCUGACACUAGAUAUAAAACAAUAGAAAGCUGUAAACAGCUUUCUAUAGCAAAAGAUUUAGAGAAGAUUCAAAACUCUAUGACUAACACGAUCAAUAAAAACCUCCCAAAAACUAAGCAAGGGUAUUAUUCAAAGUCUGAUCUUAGAAAAGGACUCUCAAUAGAGUACUAG